CUGAAGGAGAUACCUUCCCCUGUAAUGGGUAGAUGGAGGUUGGAGGGAUUUACCCACUUCCAAGAGAAACACGUGGUGCCCGGGCCCUGAUAACAGACCACUCUGGUGUGUAGUUUGGAGAGGGGCUGAGAAAUCCCUUUACAUGAGAAGAGGCAUUUGGUAGUGAGGUUGGAGCUAAGCCCCAUUCCUGGCUGAGGCGCGGGAUGGAUGCAUGGGAUCCCAGUCACAGGUCACACUGGUGGUGAGGCCAUCAAGGAGGUUUUGGCUUCUGUCUUCCAUGCUAAGAAAAAGCAAAGAACCUCAAAGCUUUCCCUCUGGUAACUGUUCAUUGGAGAAAUGUAGAGGCGGUCAGUCUGGCUUAGGGAAAACUCAUGGUGAGUGAAGUGGAAGUCCUCUGGAGCAAGAUAGUGCUAAGGAGAUGAAACCAUGGCAAUGGGUGAGGAUGACCUCCUUGGUUUUGUCUGGUUGCUGUGUGAGAAGGUGCUUCAUCCGUCUCUAAAGGGCGGUGUCUCUGUGCCCAGGUUUCGGCAGAGCUCGUGUCUUGCCUUUACCUCCGGCUGUGUGGACGUGUCUCCUGCCAGGGAAACAAGCCAUUCCUUAGUGCCUGCGUGAGGUGACCUUGCCUUAGGGCACUCAGCUCAUUGGGUUGCUCAUCUGCUGCUAGAGCUCCAGCCUGGUGGCACCGAAGGGUUGGCCCUGGGCAGUGGAGAUGGCUCCGGCCAUCGCACUGGGGAUAGAAGUGACUCCCCGGAGGUGAGCAGAGCUCCGGACACAAGGACAUACAGAUGAAAAAGGUGAAUAUGGCCCUGGCAGGGAAGCCUUUAGACGUGACUCUCAGCACCUCCCGAGCUGACCAGUGGAAUAUGGUUUUUCCCCAGAAAGACGAAAUCAUCACCAGCUUAGUGUCUGCCUUAGACUCCAUGUGCUCAGCGCUCUCCAAGCUGAAUGCGGAGGUGGCCUGCAUCGCCGUCCAUGAGGAGAACGCCUUCGUGGUGGGCACUGAGAAGGGACGGGUCUUCCUCAGCGCCCGCAAGGAGCUGCAAGCCGACUUCCAGAAGUUUUGCAGAGUCCAGCAGAGGAAGGAGGAGGACGCAGAGGCGCAGAAGAAGGCAAAGGAAUGCGGGCGAAGCAUGCUCAGGGUCUCCCCAGACCAGGGAUCAGACGUGUACCUCCUCAGGAAGAUGGUAGAGGAAGUGUUUGAUGUGCUUUAUAGUGAAGCUGUGGGGAAGAACACUGUGGUCCCUUUGCCGUACGAGAGGUUCCUAAAAGAGCCAGGCUCGCUGGCAGUUGCCGGUUUGCCGGAGGGGAUCAGCUUUAAGAAACCCAUGGAGUAUGAUGUGAAGUCCCUGAUGGCCAUCUUAGAACACAGCCACAGCAUCCGCUUCAGGCUAAAAAGGCCAGCAGACGAGCCCAGCCGAGAGCCAAACCCCAGCGUGGAGUUGACUUGUACCUCCCUCGCCUCCAAGGGUGGUCGGGACUCUGGUGCCAAUGGCCCCAUGGCCAAACCCACCGGCCAAGACAACCCCUCCACCGUCACCAACUUCUUAUACGGCGUCUCGCUGCCCUCCCAGAUCACCGUCGACCUAAAGCAAGAGAUGUCCCCUGGCCUGCCCGGGCCAACCGCAGCUGGCGAGGCGCUGGUGCCCAGACCCGCGGGAGAGCUGAAGGUGCCUUCCUCACAGGAGUACAGCGACUGCUGUGGACAGAAAUCGUCGGUCUCUGGAGGUCCCCUCAUCCAGAACGUGCACUCAUCCAAGCGCAUCCUCUUCUCCAUUGUCCAUGACAAGACAGAUAAGUGGGACAGUUUUAUAAAAGAAACUGAAGAUAUCAACACCCUUAGGGAGUGCGUGCAAAUUCUGUUUAACAGCAGAUAUGCUGAAGCUUUGGGGUUGGACCAUAUGGUUCCCGUCCCGUACCGGAAAAUCGCCUGUGACCCCGAGGCAGUGGAAAUUAUUGGCAUCCCAGACAAAAUACCCUUCAAAAGACCGUGCACCUAUGGCGUCCCCAAACUCAAGCGGAUACUGGAGGAGAGGCACAACAUCCACUUUGUCAUCAAAAGGAUGUUUGACGAGAGAAUUUUUACAGGAAGCAAAUUUACCAAAGAUCCAACCAAGCUGGAGCCCUCCAGCCCGCCCGGGGAGAUCUCCCCGGAGCCGCACCGCGGGGCCAUUCUGGACCUAGCGGGGACCUCACAGGCCAACAGCAGGUCUGAGAAGUGUAGUGGUUCUGAAAGCUGUGAACCAGGUACCUCAGGAGAGCUGGGUGGGAUCAGGCAGAUCAAAAUCGAGCCGGAUGAGCUGGACAUCAUCCAGAUCACCGUGCCAGACCGAUCGCCUGGUUCAGACGAGGUGCACGACCCAGUGCCCACGCACAUGGCCUCGGAGGAGCCGAGCUACAUCCUAGAAACGGUAGCAGGGACGGAGAAGGGGCCCAGCGAAGAGUCGCGACAUGAAGAAAAGCAGCUGGAGGGAUCAGAUGGUAUAGGGGACGUUUUAAGUCAUUUGAGGAAACAAGUUGAAAUUUUGUUCAACACAAGAUAUGCGAAAGCGAUAGGAAUAUCAGAGCCGGUCAAAGUUCCCUACUCCAAGUUCCUGAUGUACCCUGAGGACCUAUUUGUUGUGGGCUUGCCAGAGGGCAUCCUACUGCGACGCCCCAACUGCUUCGGGAUUGCGAAGCUGAAGAAGAUCCUGCAAGCGAGCAACAACAUCCAGUUUGUCAUUAAAAGACCGGAGUUGCUGGCGGAGGGCGUAAAGGAGCUGGCGUCGGACAGCCCGGCAGCCAAAGCCGCCGGCGAGAGGGACUCGAGCGAGGCGCUGCUGGAGGAUGCUGUGAAGAGGCAGGGCUUUCAAGAAAAUUAUGAUACCAGGCUUUCCAGAAUAGACAUCGCUAACACGCUGCGGGAACAGGUCCAGGACCUGUUCAAUAAGAAAUACGGUGAGGCCUUGGGGAUUAAAUACCCCGUGCAAGUGCCAUACAAGCGGAUCAAGAGCAACCCAGGGUCAGUGAUUAUAGAGGGGCUGCCCCCUGGGAUUCCCUUCAGGAAGCCGUGCACCUUUGGCUCGCAGAACCUGGAGAGGAUUUUGGCUGUUGCUGAUAAAAUCAAGUUCACCGUGACGAGGCCUUUUCAAGGACUCAUCCCCAAACCCGCCCCUAGACGGAUAACAUCAUUGGAAAAAGCCUACGCUGCCUUGAAUGAUGAGGAUGAUGCCAACAGGCUCGGAGAGAAGGUAAUUCUCCGAGAGCAAGUUAAAGAGCUUUUCAAUGAAAAAUACGGAGAGGCUCUGGGCUUGAACCGGCCCGUCAUGGUGCCCUAUAAACUCAUCAGGGACAGUCCUGACGCUGUGGAGGUUACUGGGUUGCCGGAUGAUAUUCCUUUCAGAAACCCCAAUACCUACGACAUCCAUCGGCUGGAGAAGAUCCUGAAGGCACGGGAGAGCAUCCGGAUGGUGAUUAUAAACCAGCUCCAGCCGUUUGCCGAAAUCUGCACUGAGGCCAAACAAACAGAGAAAGACACCAGCGUUCCCAAACGAAAGCGGAAGAGGAUCUCCGAAGGGAACUCGGUAUCUUCCUCUUCCUCAUCUUCCUCUUCCUCCUCUUCCAAUAUGGAGUCUACAUCAUCAACAAAUCAGAUCUCACUUGUGCAAUGGCCCAUGAACAUGUACAUGUUAGACUAUGGUGGUCUAAACGUCCAGAUCCCAGGACCCAUUAACUAUUAGACCUCAAUACCGAAUAAGAACCUCAAAUGAAAGAAUAAAUAAAUAAAUGUAAUUUAUGUAAAAAGUGUAUAUUCCAAUAUGUAUCAAUGCCUUUUAGUUUUUCCAAUGAUUUUUACACUAUAUUCCUGCC